GUCCUCCCCGGCCUCCACUGCAUUCCCUCCCUUCCCGUCCGCUCCUCCCUCCUCCUCGCCCGACCCCUUCUACAACCCCUGGUUAAAGCCCUACGUACUGCCAUUCUGCCAACCCCGUUGCCAUGGCACCGCAGCCGCCUCUCUUCCCUCCCGCUGCCUUCGACCGCGGCGGCGGCGGCCUCCCUUCAUGGGACCCCAGCCGCACCUCCAACCCUUCCUUCGACCAGGGCUUCCUCAAGGCGGCCUUCGACGGCGAGCUCCACCUCGUCAAGAAGGCGGCGAGGGUGGUGGGAAGGGGGGCGGAAGGCAGUCGCCUCGCUGAGAAGAUGGGCGCGGUCAGGGACGGCUACGGCAUGGGCUUGUUGCACACCGCGGCCCUAGGCGGGAGCCUGUCCGUGUGCCGCUACCUGGUCGAGGACAUCCGGCUGGAUGUCGAUGACGUAGGCCCGAUGGGCGAAACGCCUUUGACUGUUGCGAUUGGCCGUCAGAAUGUGGAUUUGGUGCGCUACUUUCUUGAUCAAGGUGCUGCUACAAUGAAGCUCAACGACAGUGGGAGUACUCCCCUCCACCUUGCUGCUGCAGCAGGAAGCUGUGAAAUAGUUGAGCUCUUACUCUCCAGUGGAGCUUAUGUUGAUGCACUACAUCUUGGUGGGACGGCACUGCAUUCUGCUGCCCGUGAUGGGCGGGAUGAUAUUGUGAAAGUUUUGCUAGACCACCAUGCAGACGCUGGUGCUGAUGUGGAUGGUAAUUGUAAAGAGACACCAUUGAUCAUUGCUGCCAUUAGUGGCUCAACUGAAAUCCUGAAGUGCUUAGUUCUGGCUGGUGCGGAUGCUAAUGUUCCUGACAGUUUAGGACGAGCUCCUAUUGAAAUUGCUGCCCGCUCUGGUAGGCGUGAAGAUGUUGAGAUUCUAUUUCCGGUCACUUCUCGUAUUCCAAAUGUACGUGACUGGAGUGUAGAUGGGAUCAUUAGGCAUGUAAAAUCAGUGCGUCCAGUGAAGAAAGCCAUGCUUACUAGUGCAAAAUCUAAAGCGCAUGAGGCGUUCAAGAACGGGAACUAUUAUCUUGCAGCAAGAAUUUACAAAGAGGCAAUGGCACUUGACCCUGGUAAUGCAACCUUGCUUUCAAAUAGGAGUCUAUGCUGGCUUCGCCUCGGUGAUGCAAAGAACGCCUUGAAUGAUGCUCAAGCUUGCAGUAUGAUGCGACCUGGCUGGCCAAAGGCCUCAUAUCGUCAAGGAACUGCUCUAAUGUUACUGAAGGACUAUGAAAAGGCAUGUGAUGCAUUUCUUGAUGGUCUUAAAUUGGAGCUUGGGAACGUAGAGCUGGAAGAUGGAUUACGGCAGGCUUUGGAAUCCUUGAAGAUAUAUUGCAGUAGCCCUGGGCAAGACUAGCUGGAUGAGCAUCAUCAAGUAGAUGCGAGAAACUUGUAGUUACCAGACUUACACUGCUCACUGGAGAGACGGAGGUGCCCUGUUUUUCUGUCUCAUAGGGCGUAGCUGAAGGGUUUGAAUCAGACAAGUAGAUUGGGUAGUUUGGAUGGCCUUUUGCUGAUCAUCAGCUAUAUCGUGAGAAACUAUGAAAUACCUUCCUCACUGGAUGGUCGAGACCGUUCUGCUGAUUGCAAUUUCGGGAGCAAAUGCUGUUCAGUAUGCAGCAUUUUUUUUCUAUGGUUCCGUGGAUAGAGAAACAUUUCUACCAUGGACAUUCCUAGUAAUAGCCUCUUAACUGACAGUAUUGCCAGAUUGACGUUGAAUGCCUGUGUCUUGCUUCAGAUCUCAUGUCAAGCUAAAGAUCAUUGCCCAUAGACUUUGAUCAAUGUGGGUGGGGCAUAGGGCAAGUAAACCCGAAACUUGGAGCUUGUAUGGUCAUGAUUGUUAGGAGACUUUGCUGACGACGAACUGUUGAGCUUUACAUGAUUCUCGUCAAUGUAUAUUCUCUAGAAACUGGUCUUUAUUUCUAAUGUCUGAAUUGAUGGAUAGUCUCCACGGUUUAUUUUCGCUGUUUUUUUUUGUCCCCCUCCCACCACGACCACUCCACGCUGUUUUCCUCCGGGGUUCGGAAGAAAAACGGUUCAGACAUCGCACGAGUCGCUCGUGUCCCAGAUCCCCUAGCACGCGCUAGGGUUCCUCACGCCGCUGCCGCAACAACAUGGUGUUCGUCGACCUUUCCUGCCUCCCGCGCUCUAGGGUUCCUUGCGCUGCAGCCGCCGCAGCCGCAGCAUGCUAGAGCUCUCUUCCAGCAGGUCGACGAGCGCGCAGCGACGAAGGAACCCGACGGCGACGGUACUAAUUUCAGAAAGAUCAUAUGGGUGCAUACCAGUAUCAACUAUUAAGGGAGCAAAGUGAGAAUAUAGAUGAUAGGAGAAUGGGGGAAGAUAUAAAUGCCUUGAUUGAAUAAAUAAAUGGAGGAUUCAUGGGGCUUCACUAAUGGAUAGCAUCACACUGUCGCCUGAAAUUGCAGUAGUGUAUACACCCAGGCAGGCGCCUACAUGCUCAUGUUAGAGUUAAUGGAGGAUGAAGUGUGACCGUACUAUCUCCUUGUGUCUACAACGACGUGUGCCAGUACUGUCUCCUUGACCGGCUCCUUAGGCUCUCCCUGUGCGGUAGCGGCUCAAUCUCCGUGGUGCCGUCGAGGAGGGGCUGGGGCGGCCGUGUCUGGUGCGCUCUCGCUACUCAUCGACCUUGCUGUUACUACCUCAUCCUUGAAGCCAUGGGUGGCCUCUAACUUUCCCUUUGGAGUGUUCAAUGCAAACUGCAAAAGUAGAGCUGGUUGGCUAGCUGUUGAUUUGAUCGGGGGAUAGCAUAUGAAGUGAGUAAACAGAAAGAAAGUGAGCAUCCAAGCAGGAACUGCAAAUGCUCUAUUUUAGUCAAAGCAUGGGAAUGUGCACAAGGGAAAGGCAUGUAUAAGUAGCACAAUCGUGGUGCGCAUGUGAAGUCUAGAAGCGGAUGGCACAAAGUUGGGAAAGUUGUCUUCUAAAGGUUGAUGUCCCGGGCAAGACGCAGUACCUCAUGUUUGUCUCUUUUUGGGACAUGCUGCAACACAUGGGCAAGUUGGAGAUUGGAGAAGUCGAUUGGGGGCUUGAGGCAUGAGAGGAUACCAUGAGAAGGGUAGUCAGGAGGAAGCUCUAGAGUCUACAUUCAGCACCAAAGCCUGCACCAUAGCAGAGAACAAUGAUGAAUGCAAGGUAUAUUAUCUAGGAAAUAUAUCGCUUCAACCUAAUGAUCCAUGAUGGUGUCAGCUCGAUUUGAUUCUGGAGGCUUCCUUUGCUCAAUAUAGGGAUUGUGACAUGUUUGGGUGGUCUGCAAUGUGGACUUGUACAUUUCAAGAAAUGCAAGGUAUAUUAUCUAGAAAAUAGAUCGCUUCAACCUGAUGUCCAUGAUGGUGUCAUGCUCGAUUUGAUUCUGGAGGCUUCCUUUGCUUAAUAUAGGGAUUGUGACAUGUUUGGGUGGUCUGCAAUGUGGACUUGUACAUUUCACGGUAUAUAAUACUGAUGAAUGUUAGACUAAUACGUUACAUAGGCAAUGGUACUGCGCCUUUCUCGCCCAUAUCUCUCUAUACAUAUUUCUCCACUUAUUAGUGACCCCCUAAUCAAUAGAACCUGUAUGAUCUGUAUAGACUAGCUAGAGCACAACAUAUUUUCGUGAACAGGGGAGAGUAGAGAUUCAUAUUUAAAAGAAAUUUUGCAAGUUUUUGUGGCAUUAUAUUCCAAAUUUUUAGGCAUUGUAUUCCAGAUUUCUUUUGGCAUGUGUUUUUGUGACGUGCAGCGAAUAGGCGGGGAAAGAGCAACAUGGCCAAGCAAGUGUUGAGUAAAGAACCAUGAGAAUAAACUGAGUUUUUGAUUUUCUUUUUUGGGUGCACUUUUAAUGUUGCAUGGACUGAGCAUACACUGAUUUUUUUACUUCUUCCAUCGUGUAGCUACAGGAGCACAAACUAAGUCCCCCUGUCCUCCCCUCUCAUCCGCGCAGUUGUCGCCGACUACGCGUGUGCCUCCCGUUGUCACCACUGACUCCCUUUACUGUAAGAGUGUUCAUCAUUUCCGUAAUUGCCGUGAAAGAUAUCUAACCUCUAAUAUGAGGUUGUAAGAUUACUUUGGUUAAACUUUCUAUUUACCCCCUUCAGGACAAUUGUAUAUGGCAUUUGGUUAUUCAUGUACACCAGUAUGACUCAUGGCAUUUCUGGAUUGUCAACAGCCCUGAUCUGAUUGUUUGAUGUACUUAUAUCAUUUUCUUUUCAGUCACCUCUUCAUCCGAGCAGGGGUGGCGAGGGAACAGAAAUGGUCGUGGUGAAAGUCGAUUUAGUGCAUCAAGAAUUGGAGGUUGUGAGAUUUGCAAGAGGUGAUGAAGGACAAUUUGUUAUCGUGCCUUAUAACAUAUAGCAGUCGAUGAUGAGUACAAGCAUAAGAUGGUUGACAAUCUGUAGAGCAUGAGACAUACUUUUACAAUCUGUAAGAGGAUCAAAUAAUAUGUUUUGUUGACAAAGAUGAUUUUGGAAUUUCUAUAUAACAUGCAUGUACAAUAUGUUAAUGAAGCUACAUGAAUGCUCGAUGCUCUGUUCAA